AUGAAGGCUACUGAUAACUUCGGCAAAAGCAAUAUUAUUGGGACUGGAAGAUCAGGAACUGCUUACAAAGCUGUCCUUCAUGAUGGCACAUCAGUCAUGGUUAAGAGAUUGCAGGAAUCUCAACAUUCAGAGAAAGAAUUUCCAUCUGAGAUGAAUAUACUAGGGUCUGUCAAACAUUGUAACUUGGUUUCACUUUUAGGUUUUUGCGUGGCUAAAAAGGAGAGGUUUUUGGUUUAUAAAAAUAUGCCAAAUGGUACCCUCCAUGGUCAACUACACCCUGCUGCUGGUGCAUGCACCAUGGAUUGGCCUCUAAGGCUCAAAAUUGCAAUUGGAGAAGCCAAGGGAUUAGCAUGGCUGAAUCAUAGUAGCAAUCCUCGCAUUAUCCACCAAAACAUAAGCUCUAAGUGCAUCUUGUUGGAUGCUGAUUUUGAGCCCAAAUUUUUUUAUUUUGGUCUUGCUAGAUUGAUGAAUCCAAUUGAUACACAUUUGAGUACUUUUGUGAAUGGGGAGUUUAGGGAUUUAGGUUAUGUUGUUCCUGAAUAUACAAAAACUUUGGUGGCUACUCCUAAAGGGGAUAUUUAUAGCUUCGGGACCGUGCUUUUCGAGUUGGUGACAGGUGAAAGAUCUACCCAUGUGUCUAAAGCUCCAAAAACUUUUAAAGGAAAUUUGGUAGAAUGGAUUCAACAGCAAUCUAGCAAUGCAAAACUCCAUGAAGCCAUUGAUGAAUCACUAGUUGGGUAGGGUGUAGAC